AUGUCUGAAGUGGGUAAGAAGAGUCCUACAACUCCCAGUAUGGAACUGCCAACCAAUGAAACGAAAGAAUUGAAACAAUGGUUGACCAAAUCUAACUGUCAACAGUAUUAUUCCAAAUUUAUUGAUAAUGGUAUAACCUAUGAUUUAUUACCUGAAUUAGAUACUGAAGCAUUGAAAGAGAUUGGUGUGACUAAGGUAGGUGAUAGAUUAAAGCUUGAAAUAGCUAUUGGGAACAUGAAAGCGGAAUCUUUGAAGAAGGUCAUCAAUGUAGAUGAAUUAUAUUCAAAUUUGAAUCUUUUGAAUUUAACUUCCCCAAAUACUGUUAAUAUAUCAGAUUAUGCUAUAAAAAAUGAAAAUACCUUGAUUCAACAACAGGAUAUACCUAAUAUGAGCUCUAGUACUUUGAAUUUAGGUGGUAAUAUGGAGAGCAAAUCAUCAAAUAAGAAUAUCACCUUCAUCCUUGCCGAUGGGUCAUUGAAGAAAGUUAAUGUUACAGGAUGUUUCAACGCUCAGAGUAUCAAGAGAAAAGUCUUAAGAAAGUUAGGUAUCAAACAACAAGAGAAUCUAUAUGAUACAUAUAUUCAUAAUAAUGAUAAUAAUGUGACCUUGCUAUAUGAUGUUGAAUUAGUAACUAUAUGUUACUCUCCCGAUAGGUUAGAAAAACAUAGGAUCAUUUUAUGUGAGAAAGAUCGUUAUCCUACAGAGACUGCUUUGGAAAUCAGUAAGAAGAUUAUGGCUAAAUAUGAAAAGUUCAAUAAGCAAAAACAAAAAUUACAACAGUAUCAUUUACCGGAGAAGCAACCAACUAUGAGACAAUUUUUUGGUCAAAGACCUCCAAGUGAAUUGAUCUCUUCAAAUUUGGCUGAAUAUUUCCCUGAAGCUCAUCAAAGGGAAUUAGAACAAAGUGUUCGUAAUUCAGUAAGAUAUAGUGUAAGAUUGUCAAAAAGAUUUCAAGGUCUUGGAAUGAUAACUGGAAGUAACUUAUCUGUAAAUAAAAGACUUUCCAAUGCUACAAUGAAAUAUCAUAGUCCAUCCAUAUCAUCAGGUGAACACAAUAUACUUGCCCAAAGAAGAGUUCCCGCAAGGACUAUAGGAGAUAUGAUGGUCAAUAAUGUCAAUGCUAUUGAAGAAGUGGUUAAUUAUCCAAUGUAUCCUGACAAUCAAUCGAUUUUCAGUAAACCAUCCAUUCAUUCAUCGGACGGUGCCAGUGUCAAUAGUCCAUUCCAAGAUUUACGACCAAUAAAUUCCAAUAAUUCUAAAAAUCUUCACAAUCCAAGAGUUUCAAUUGCAGCCAGUUUCUUAGAUCAGAAUAAUGACAACAAUAGACUUUCUAGGAUAGAAUUAUUAAACGUUGAAUCUGAUGAAGAGGAUUAUGAUGAUUAUGGAGAUGAUUUGAUCAGUCAAUAUGGCGAUAAUGAUAAUCCAUUGUUUGAGUUAUCUGAAGAUGGUCCCAAAAAUUGGUUGAAAGGUGCAAGAAUUGGGGCUGGUAGUUUCGGUACUGUUUAUUUAGGAAUGUCUCCCUUCACUGGGGAGUUAAUGGCUGUAAAACAAGUUUCAAUAUCCGAAAAUAAUAGUGAACUGCAACAAUCAAUGAUUUCAGCUUUACAACAUGAAAUGUCUUUAUUGAAAAAUCUUGAUCAUGAGAAUAUUGUUAGAUACCUUGGAUCCUCAAUCUCUGAUGAUAAUUUGAAUAUCUUCUUAGAAUAUGUUCCUGGAGGUUCUGUUCAAACCAUGUUAUUAUCAUACGGGCCUUUUGAAGAACCUUUGAUUAGAAAUUUCAUUCGUCAAGUAUUAAUCGGUUUGAGUUACUUACAUGGUGAAGAUAUUAUUCAUAGAGAUAUUAAAGGAGCCAAUAUUUUGAUCGAUAUUAAAGGUACGGUCAAGAUUAGUGACUUCGGAAUCAGUAAAAAAUUAAAUAGUAAGAAAGAUGAUAACGAAGCUGACAAGGAAAAACCAAGCAGAAGAGCUUCAUUACAAGGAUCAGUUUACUGGAUGGCACCUGAAGUCGUCAAACAAACAGCUUAUACCAAGAAAGCCGAUAUUUGGUCGGUGGGAUGUUUGAUUGUGGAAAUGUUCACCGGUAAACAUCCAUUCCCUAAUUUUAGUCAAAUGCAAGCUAUCUUCAAAAUAGGUACUCAUGUAUCACCAUCAAUACCUGAAUGGUGUACCGCAGAAGCUAAAGAAUUCUUGGAGAAAACUUUCGAAUUGGAAUAUGAAAAUCGUCCAGAUGCAGUGGAAUUAUUAGCUGAUACUUUCCUUAAUCCAUUAAUCAUGUCAAAGCAAUGA